AUUGUAAUCUGCAUUCUCUAACAUCAUGGCUGACGACGAUCUAGAAGCUAUUCGAGCUAAACGAAUGGCCGAAUUACAGGGGCAAAUGGGGGGACCAGGUGGUGGAUCAAACCAGGAGCAGGAGCAGAGACAGAAGCAAAUGGAGGAAAUGAAGCAUGGAAUCCUCAGUCAAGUCCUUGACCAGUCUGCACGCACCCGAUUAAACACUAUUGCUGUGGCAAAGCCAGAUAAGGCCAAGAUGGUGGAGAGCAUGCUGAUCCAAAUGGCACAGUCUGGACAGAUACAGGGAAAGCUGAAUGAGACACAGUUAAAAGGUUUGCUAGAGCGUGUCAGUGAGAGAACACAGAAAACCACAACUGUAAAGUUUGAUAGACGUAGAGCAGCAUUGGAUAGUGAUUCCGACUGACAAAAUAUCAUUUAAAACAUUUCCCGUCAGUUUUAACCCAUCCUAGCUGUUUCUUGUGUGCUUGACAUGCCGGUAAUAAUGAAAGUUGACCAGAUAGUGCUAUAGCUGUUACUAAAAAACAAAAUGUGCAUACGUCCCUGUGGCUUACCCAGAAGAAAAGAGGUGAACUGAAGGAGGUUGAUGGUGUGGGACAGACAAUAAAGUUUAUACCUCUUAUUGAGUGAAAAAUAAACUAGACGAUUAUUUAGAAAAUAAUAUUUCUGCAAAAAUGUUUACAUAGAACUGGAGUAUAUGUCCAAAUAAAGUGAUUGAAG